GCAAGUCAUAGCUCUUCUCCACUUCUCUUUUCUUUUGACCGCCACAUUCGCCGUCCUCUUACGCGCGCAACCAUCUUGUUCGCCGUCUGUUCUCUCCAACGAUGGCAGACCAAAGCCCAAAAAAGCCUUCACCACCUGGUGGGCCAGCCGCUCCAAUUGGCCCUGUUCCGUCAAUUGACAGGUUUCGCGAAUUCUUCCAGCAACCCUUCGUAGCCUCCUUUGUCGCUGGUGGUGUCGCCGGUGCCGUCUCGCGUACCGUCGUCUCGCCCCUCGAACGUCUGAAGAUUCUCUUCCAAGUCCAAAGCGUCGGCCGGAAUGAAUACCAGAUGUCUGUACCCAAGGCUCUGGCCAAGAUGUGGAGGGAUGAAGGAUGGAGGGGUUUCAUGGCUGGUAACGGAACCAACUGCAUUCGCAUUGUUCCUUAUUCCGCUGUCCAGUUCGGCGCAUACAAUAUCUACAAGGGCUUCUUCGAGAGCGAACCCGGCGCACCCUUGGGCGCAUAUCAACGUCUUUUCUGCGGUGGUCUAGCCGGUAUCACUUCUGUGACCUGCACAUACCCUCUGGACAUUGUGCGUACACGCCUUUCGAUCCAAUCCGCCUCUUUCGAGAGCCUCAAGCGCGACCCCGGACAAAAGCUCCCAGGCAUGUGGGGAAUCAUGAAGGGCAUGUACAAGAAUGAAGGUGGCUUCUUAGCCCUCUAUCGCGGCAUCAUCCCUACCGUUGCGGGAGUCGCACCAUAUGUUGGCCUCAACUUCAUGGUCUACGAGAUGGCCCGCACACAGUUUACGGCAGAAGGAGAGAAAGAUCCUAGCGCCAUUGGCAAGCUUGCUGCGGGCGCUGUGUCUGGCGCUGUUGCACAAACUUGCACGUACCCCUUCGAUGUCCUCCGCCGUCGCUUCCAGGUCAAUACCAUGACCGGCAUGGGAUACAAGUAUGCUGGAGUGACUGACGCAAUCAUCAACAUCAUCAAGACUGAAGGCGUCCGGGGUUUGUACAAGGGCAUCGUUCCGAAUCUACUCAAAGUUGCUCCCAGUAUGGCAUCUAGCUGGCUGAGUUUCGAAAUGACCCGCGAUUUCGUUAUGGGGAAGCAUCGAUCUGAGUUCCUAUGAAGCGCCUACCCCCGACACGCAAGUGACACUGAUUCUGAUCAGAUCGCAUCUGAUUACAAGGAUAGGGGUUAUCAUUCUACGUAUUCCUCUUCCGGUUGAGACUCAAUUCCGGAACCUCCUGAUACACUGUACAUCAUUACCAAGGGAAAAAUCUUUCUUUCGUUACAAAUCACCAUCUUGCAUCAAAGGUUGGGGCUCGCACAUGGGGUUACUUGGGAAUUUCCCAAGAAAAAGGGUUUUUGGAUAAGAGGAAACGAACCGAAUUCUUUCCCUGGGACAUUUUCCAAAUUCUUUACCUUCCCCCCACCUCCCCCUUUUCCAUUUUGUAUCUUAUUCAAAGUCUCGCGGUCAUUUCUUCGACGAGACUCUUCAACACCAAGCGACGGCGUUUUAUCGGAAGCAUUUCCUCCUUCAUACGUAGCUGGAUCGAGAGGGUGGAAGCAUAGCAGAGCAGAGCAGGCAGUCAAGCAUGUAUGCACGAGGAAGAUUAGGUUCAGUGGGGAAACCCCCAUGGCGAAGGACCACUAGGGGGAGGGAAACAUCAAAAAAUCUAGAUACCAAAAUUCUAUACCACAUCAUGCAUGCAUCAGAUAUCAUGAUCCCCUUCCUCGCUAUGUCCUACCCUUCACGUCUACAGUACUAAAACAUACAGAAAUUCCAAACCGCAACUAAAGUUGGGCUGCAAAAAAAAGGAAACGGAGCAUAAAACAGCAUCUCUAUCCCGUUCCGUGUCCCUGAUAUUUCUCCCGUCCACCCCACUUCCCAUCUCUUAGCUCCGUGGGUCCACUCACUGAAGAAUAGCACGCAAAAAGAAAAGAAAGGGAAAAGGAAAAAAACCUCCCCCCCACCUCUCAGCUAGUCAUCUCGAUUCUCCACCACACUACCCCCACACUAACCCACACUUUCCUUAACACAGCAAAAAACAAGGGCACGCUCGUCCCGGUUCCACCCGUCGGUGGGUGCCUCGUUUUUUUUUCUGGUAUGAAUAGCGCGUGCCAAGCGGUGUGGCUUUUUUUUUUUGUCCUUUU